GAGAGAGAGAGAGAGAGAGACGUAAUGGAGUAAUUCCGCUACAAGGCUCGUCAUUUUUAUAAAAAAUUUCACCAAUUCCGCAGCGUGGAGUUGCAAUGAGGGCCUCUAUGUGGGCUUCGUGUUGUGGAUUAUUGAACGAUCUGAUCGGUUCGGGGGCGGUUCGAAGUCAUCAGGCUGGGUUUGGGGGCGGAGCCGGGCCAUUCAGAUUUGCUCCUGGCGCUGGCUACUCUGCCUACCCUUCAACGAGCACCACUCAAUCACCGUCUAUCCCCGCCCCCUCAAAUGGAGCAGCGUGCAAAGCCUGUGGUCUCGCCUUCUCCGUCUUCAGAAGAAAGCACGUGUGUUCAGACUGUGGGCGGAGCUUCUGUGCACUCUGUAGUGUGCUGCAGGAGAACCUGCGACGCUGCUGCGUGUGCCACGCCCUGUGGGCGACGGCGUUCGAGCGGGCACGCCUCAUGCGGUUGCGGGUGCGUGAUCUGCGCCGCUACCUCACACUGCGUGACAUUAGCACGGAUGCAUGCACUGAGAAGGAGGAACUCGUCGAGCUUGUACUGCAACAUAUGGGGGUAGAUCUUCAGGAGGAGGAGGAGGAGGAGAUUGAGGAGGAAAACACUGAAGCCCUGCCCUCUGCUUUAGCCCUGCCCGAUGAUGCUGCACCCACCACCCCCCAGCAACCUGCACUGUCUGUCUCCGCCCCUCAGGAAGAAACACACAACACUAAUAACAGCUCAGGAACCAGCCAAGAUUGUGGAGACGUUGCCUCUGUGUCUCUCCUCCCCCUGGAGAACAAUGAACGUUUACUAGAGUCCAGCCCAGUGACUCAGAGGAGGGCUCGAGCCUCUAUCUCUGAUCUCUCCAGCGAGGAUGAAAUCGAGUUGUUAACCGUUCGGCAGCUGAAGGAAAUUCUGGCCAGGAACUUUGUGAAUUUUUCCGGCUGCUGUGAGAAGUGGGAGCUGGUGGAGCGUGUGCGGCGUUUAUACAGAGAGCACCAACACAACCGUACCUCCUUGGAAAACAUGAGCAACAGCAUCACUGCAGUCGUGGCGUAUCCUCCUUCUAUAUGUGAUGGAGGUGUUGGAGGUGUGGCCCCUCUCGGUACGGUGGAUGAAAACAUGUGCCGUAUCUGCAUGGACGCUGUGAUCGACUGUGUCCUGCUCGAGUGUGGUCACAUGAUCACCUGCACCCGGUGUGGCAAGAAAAUGAACGAGUGUCCCAUCUGCAGGCAGUACGUGGUUCGAGCUGUACAUGUCUUUAAGUCCUAAACACACAAACACACACAUGCACACUGACAGCCUUCAUCGUCCUGAACUGAAUCAGCUUCUGAAAUCAUAGAGGUUACAUCGGCUACAUCCCAAAUUGCUCCACAAGGGGACAAGUGUCAGACUGGUUAGGGUCUGAAUUUGAACACGGAGGCUCUGUUUAAUUAGUGUUUUCAAAUGCGCUCUUGUUGAUUUCUCCUAAUGACUCCUAAUGGGUGUGUAGGACCUAUGUCACACGAGUGUGUACUCACAGCACAGUGGAGAAAGUGUGUUAAUGGGGCAGAUUCUAGCUACCCUCUUUAUUAUCUAGUGUGCUACUGUAUGUACCUAGCAUACAAAAUAGCUAGCACUGUAAGUAGCAAUUCCAUCAGCUGUCAUGUACAGAUGGAGACAAUCAAAUGUUUGAGAUGUGAAACGUUAAGCUCGUUUUUUCGCUUAUAAACAGCGUUAUUUUGAAAAGGCAACUGCGAACAAGUUCAGCAAUGCCUUCUGGCUAAAAGUCCUGAAGUCUACAGUGACACUGACUCGACUCCACACCUAAGGGCGAUUUACUGGCCAAUAAUACUAGUCAAUAACACUAGGGGACUAGGGGAAGAGAAGUGGACAAGGGCGCAUUAAAAACAGUAUUGGAAUGCAGCACACUUAGUCUUUCCAUGUGUACAGUGUGUGUGUGUUAAGUGUGUGUUGGUGCGUGUAGAAGGUAUAAGAUGAAAAAGUGAUGCGUGAAGAAGGUCCUCCUUGCUGUAGCAGACCUGAAGCCAGCAGUGAUUAGAGGUGCCAAAUGUACUCAACGUUACUGAUUGAUUUAUUGUGUUUUAAUACAGUGUUUAUCAACUGUGUUUAUUAUUAAACCCCUACAGCAAAGUACAUAUUAGCGUAUUAGAGUCACUCCAUGAAAACUGCAGCCAAUCUGUGUGCUAUGAGGGUACAAUUCCAGGAAUUUUGAAGAACAAUCCCACCUUUAAAAGAUAACAUCUCCACUCAAACAUGAGUUAUGAGGCAUCACAAUCACUGCACUGCACAUGUAACAAGGACAUGAAGAUAACAAUGAAAUUUAUCGGUAUAAAUUUUAUUCAAAAAAAAAAAAAAAAACUGGACAACAUUUUACAAGUCAAUAAAUAGCAUUAACAGAAGUUUGAAAACAGUCAAAAAAUCUGAAGAUCUGUUAACUUGAAUAUUUCAAGCUAACACUUUAGUCUAUUUUUGAUCCAAUCAAAAAGAAGGAUUCAGAACACCGAAGUCGAGAUUUUCUUGGGUAGAGCGCAUCAACAGGAAGUUAAGGUAAGACCAUAUCAGGUAUUUGAGUUUUUAUGAUAAUGCAGUUGCAAUAUAUAUUAAUUGAGUGACUUCACUAAACCCUGAACCAACUGUAGUGAGGGUAAAAAGGUGUAACUUGCCUGGAAAAACAACAUCACAGAUCGUCAAAACACUUACGAUCCGUAAGUACUCUCUGGUGAUACGCAUCAUGCCUGAAUAUGGGGUCUGAUGGGAAAUUUGAAGCUUGGGAAUAAGGCUUGGGCUGUUUCGAGAGUAACAUAUCCAAAACAGGACACGAUAAAUCUACAAACGUUUUUUAAAAUACUGAUUUGAUCUAUAAUCAUAAAUUCUGGUAAUUUUACUCUGUUUUUUUUAAAUACCAUAAAUUGUGCUUGACUGACUGACAGAGAAAUAUUGUUGUUACUAAUGGAAACCUUGUGUUUAUUAAAACAGUUUGAACGUAACCCAUGCAGACACCAACGGUUAUAUUCGCCACCACAUUUAAAAGACCUCGCACCCAAAACGGGCUGUGACCCUGAGCGACCCUUCACAUAGAUAGCUAUUACAUAGCCUCUGUGUUAAAAUAGGAAGACUUUUAUUUCAGGAAAACGUAGGAAUUAAAGCAAAAAAUAAUUAUUAGAUAAGGUAAAGAAUGUCACAAUUUCUAACACUAAUUAAUGAGGAGAAUUUAGAAAGAUAUUGUGUUUUUACAGUAAUUAGGAACAGGAUGACAUUGAAAUUCUCAUGUAUAUCUCAUGGUGUAACACCUUACAUUAAUAAUGAUAUUCAGCAAUAUUCUACUCAAUGUUAUGUUUUAUUAGCAAUGAUUUAUAUACAUUUGAAUGGCUGCAGUUUUCAUGGAGUGACCCUUUAGCUAAGUACUAAAUAAAUUCAUUUCUAAAAUGCAACACCAGACACUGACUGGAAGUUUACCAACAAUAUUUAUCUUUUUAUUCCUGAAUUAACUAUACAUUAAAAACAUAUUUGGAUACGUGGCAUCCUUCCUCCCAAAGAGCCAUUGAGGUUAGUAUUUAGGUUUCGGAGUUAAUGUUUAGCUACAGCAGUUUAAACCACUAAAAUGUUUUGUUUUGUAUGGUAGUGUCACCUUAUUUUAUUUAAUAAUAAUAAUAUUAUUAUUAUUAUUAUUAUUAUUAUUAUUUUAUUACAACUUUAUCUAACAAUUGAUAGUAGAUAGCUACUAUCUUUAGCAGCUCCACUAACACUUUUUAAUGUGACACUAUUUUGUGGUGGUGCCAGCUAACUAUUUAUUUCGCUAACAUACUUCACUGGCAACCUCUCAUUAUUAUUGCUACAAGGCUAGCUGUAUUUCAUACCUUAUUUUGGGACACUAUUAGCUAGCUAGCUAUUUAUGAUUAGCUAACCUAGUCCUAUGACAACCUUUGCUGUAAUGCUCACCAGCCUAAUAGAUUUAAUAUUUUAAAGUAUUAAACAAAAUAUUUUUAGACUUAUUAAAUUAGCUACCUAUUUUGGUAAUGAUUUGGCUGUUUAUGUUUAGCUAGUUAAGCUACUUUUAGCCCCAUGGUGUAUCGCUAGCUAGCCUUUUCUGUUUGAUCCGAACUAUCUAUUUUUCCUUUUAUUAAUCUUUCACCAUGAAUUUGAGGAGUAUUUUGUUUUCAUAUGAAUCUUACACAUACCCACAGUUACAGCUGUGUAUCUGCACAGACUUUGUGAAAUUUAAUAAAUUCAGAUUUUGAUGGGUAA